GAAGCUGAAAAACUCCUCCACCGUCAAAAAAGAUCUAGAGCGCACUCAAAAAUCUAACUUCUGCGGUGCCAUUUUAAUUAAGCUUUCAAUUCUUCAAAACCCUCCUUCGGAGUUUCGGAGUUUCUUUUCCCGGCUAGCUGCCACAAAAUGGGUAAAGGAACAGGAAGUUUCGGGAAGAGGAGGAACAAGACUCAUACGCUGUGUGUGCGGUGCGGCCGUCGCAGCUUUCACCUCCAGAAGAGUCAGUGCGCUUCCUGCGGCUAUCCUUCCAGCCGUAUCAGGAAAUACAAUUGGAGUGUGAAGGCGAUCCGGAGGAAGACCACAGGAACCGGUAGAAUGAGGUAUUUGCGCUAUGUUGCCGUCCGAUUCAAGAGCAACUUCAGAGAAGGAACUCAGGCAACCACGAGAAAGAAGAGAGCUUUGGCCUCGAAGUAGUUAAGUUAGCAAAGGAUGUGAAUUUUGGGUACUUAUCUUAUAGGGUAGUUUAUGCAAGUAUUAAUCGUGCUGAAAAAGUUGUACCGAAGUUUUGGAUAUGGUUAUCACGUUUACUUAAGCUUUUGUUUGGAAUGACUAAUAUUAUUUAUUUGAGAA